UUUACAUCUCAUGGACACUACACAAUAAACUCAUGAUAUCACCAUGCUCAUACCUUAGCUACACAAAAUGAACCUUCUCCUUCAGAUUCCUUUGAGCAACAAAAAUGUAGAAAUCCUAUUGGCUCCUCCCUAUUCCGUCAAAGAUCAAAUACUUUGCUUGGCGAGCUUACAAUGAUGUUCUCCCAACUCGAUUGAAGCUUCAUCACAAGCGAAUCAUUCCCAACUCAGUUUGCUGCUGCUGCCAUUGCACUGAAUAGACCCUAGUACAUGCUCUUUUUGGUUGCUCUACUGUGUAGAAGCAACGAAACAUUACAUCAUAAGCAUGUCACCAAUCCUAGCUUGGUUCUAUAAGGGGCAGAGCAGUACCUGCAUCAGUAUCAGCUGCAUAAUGAGCCUUCCUACACUUCCUUGGCCUAUGCAACUCGCUCAUCCGCUUCCAAUUGGGUACCCCCACCUGCUGGCCUUUUGAAAUUGAACAUUGAUGUAGCUCAAGACACUAACAGAUGCAAGAUGGGCCUUGGCUUUGUAAUACGCAACUUCAAAGGAGAUAUCAUCGCAGUAGCCUCCAUACCUUGGCUUGCUGUCUUUUCACCUUUGUUAAUGGAAGCUCUCUCUCUUUAGCAGUCUCUAAAGUGGUGUCUUAAAAAUUCAAUUGUUGUCUCUAACAUGGAAUCCGAUUGUCAAGUCCUUGUGGACCGUGUCCACUAUUUAUCCAUCACCAAUCUUUGUUUAAAUGAUUUUAUUUGUAAUAUUAAUAGUUUAUUUUCUUCAUUUCCUCAAGUUACUGUUAACUAUGUUGUUAGAGGUAAAUAUUGUUGCUCAUCAACUAGCUAAGAUAAGGAAGAUAUUUGAACACAAUAAAAUACCUAUGCACUUGAUUGUAUCCUAAACAUUUGAUUUCUAUUAUACAGGUAUUUUUAAUUUAUUUUUCCGAGAAUAAUCUUUUAAGUUGUUGAAGCCUUCUAUCAAGAAAAAAAAAAGUGGUUGAAGCCAUUUGACCUAAGAACUAUACCUAGGCAACAUGUGGAGGUAGAGCCCACCUAACAUGACAACCAGAAAUAGGCAGCAACAAAAUUCGAAGACUUUUUGGCCCCUCAUUAUUUAUUAUCAAUUGCUGAAUUAUUAAGCCUACUUUAGCCUAAAAAGUAGAAACUCAAUUUUGAACAACAAAACAAAAACCAUGUAUACUUCCUCAUCAUCUGUCUCGAUUUCUUCAUCAAAUCUCAAAAUUGGCAUAGUGGGAUUUGGUUCUUUCGCCCAAUUUCUGGCACAGACUAUGAUCAAACAGGGCCAUAAGUUAACAGCAACUUCUCGGACAGAUUACACUGAUCUCUGUCACUCUUUGGGUGUCUCAUUCUUCAGGGAUAUAGAAGCGUUUCUUGAAGCGGAAAACGACGUCGUUUUGAUAUGCACCUCGAUUAUGUCCUUAUCUGAGGUUGUCAAGUCAAUGCCAUUUCAUUGUCUAAAAAGGCCAACCCUUUUCGUAGAUGUACUCUCUGUUAAAGAGUAUCCAAAAACAUUUCUACUGCAAGUGCUUCCUGAAGAGUCAGAUGUGCUUUGUACUCAUCCCAUGUUUGGACCAGAGAGUGGGAAAAAUGGGUGGAAAGGCUUAACGUGUGUGUUUGAGAAAGUUCGAAUAAGGAACCAAUCUACUUGCUCAAGCUUUCUCCAAAUUUUCCAGACUGAGGGUUGCCAAAUGCUGGAAAUGUCUUGCGAGGAGCAUGACAAAGUGGCUGCUAAGAGCCAAUUUCUCACUCACACUAUUGGCAGGGUAUUGUCGGAAAUGGCGAUUGAGUCCACACCUAUGAACACGAAAGGCUUUGAAACACUAAUCCAGUUGAAAGAGAACACCAUGAAGGAUAGUUUUGAUUUGUAUAGUGGGUUAUUUCUACGAAAUAGAUUUGCCAAACAAGAGCUGGAAAACCUUGAACUUGCACUGCAGAAGGUCAAGCAGAAGCUGCUAGAUAGGAUGAAUGAAGAACAAGAUAAAUAACUGUUGCAACACUAACACAAGAAUUUAUGUAUGAGAGAUUCUGAUUUACGACAUUUGGUUGAAAAAAUAUAUUUGAUAAACAAAUAUUGUUUCCCAUUGUAGUUGUUCGAAUUGGUUGACAGGUCCAACUGAUAAAGAAGACAUUUGUUUUCUUAUGGUUGGGUGAUUUAUGUGAGAGUAAAUAUUUAUGGUUUGAAAUUUGAAUAACAGUUUGACUCUCUAUUCCACUCUUUA